AUGAUCCCCGUGUCGUUGACCUCUACACAAAAGAUGUUGCAGCAAGAGGCUGACAUACCUCUGCGGCGGCGCGCUUGUGCCGGCCCUAAAGUUGACCAGUCGCGUGUCUUCGGACUACGAUUUGUUGUUUUCAACUUGUUUACAAUUCAAAAAUCAUCAGCCAUGCGGAGACGAGGAAAUAAGUCUCACAAGGUGCCCAAUGUCAAGCUUCGCCCUGCAGAGAAGGGCUCGAUGUCGCGACCCGGAGAAGAGGAUGUAAGUACCUGUUGGGCACAGGAUACGCAGUUCGGGAGCGACGACACGACAUUUCACGACCCCUGCCCUCGUCCAUUCAAGGGGAUAGUCAUAUGUGCGACGGGAGUUGAGGACAAGCCCACCUUGUUCAAACAGGCUGUAGAACUCGGAGCAAUCGCCACACCUGCAUUUACGGAUCGUGUAACGCACCUGGUAGCGGAAGGUCAUGGUGGGGCGAAGUAUACGUGUGCCUUGGAGCGCAAGAUACCAAUCCUGCAACCCUCGUGGAUCACUGAGAAUCAUCUAAUAUGGCUGAGGGGCGACGAUGUGGAUGUGGUGAAGAGUAUGGAACAACAUCGCCUUCCUGUCUUAGGCGGACUAGUCAUCUGCACCUCUGGAAUCACGGACAUCCUCAGACGAACGCAAAUCAGCAAACUCGUCGUCGCACAUGAAGGUCAAUACGUGUCAGCCCUGGAGCGUCCAGUCAAAGUUACGCAUCUUCUGUGUUCGGGUGACGAGGAGACAGACAAGAUGCGAUAUGCGGAGAAGUUCAACGGUAGAGGAGAGGCGAAGAUUCAUCUGGUUUGGGAAGAGUGGUUCUGGGACUCGAUAGAGUUUGGGGGAAGGUUUGACGAGGCGACGUAUCAGGUCCGGCGCCCACGUCCUGAGCGUAAAACACUGCCUGAAGUCCACACAUCACCACCACCUUCAUCUGACGUCGCCUCACAUGACGAAACAUUGUCUUCAGGACCUUCGAAACCUCUUCCACGUGUACCGAAGAACACAACCGAAGAGCAGGAAGAGGAACCAGCCUUCAUGAACGUCCUUCCAGCCGUCACACUACAACUAUGGGGCGGGCUUCUCGAGCGGCGCGGGUACCAAGUUACAGACGGAGAAGUCAUCCUCAGUCCGUCCAAGGCGAAGGAAGAUGCAGAACGACGAAAGCUGCAGCCCCAUCCGCCCAGUUCACCGGUACGGCCACAACUUGGCCUAGGUGACAGUGUCAUCUCGUCGUUUCGACGAGCAAAUUCUUUUGCUCCUGCAACAACGAAGGAACCAGGAGCUUCGCGGAAUCUUCCUUUCAGACGAGCGAACACCUCCGCCACCGCUCUCGGUGGCAACGCAAAGGCUGGUCCCUCGAAGACGGCCACGCCACCUCCACAAGCGGGCGAGUCCUCAACAACAACGGCGAAGAAGAUCUUCGAGGGUAUGGUCUUCCGGGCCUUGGGCGAGGCGAAGAGCCCCAGUGUCCGAGGGGCCAUCGAGGACCUCGGAGGACGGAUGACGAACGACCCAGACGAGAACGUCGACUUCAUCGUCGUCCGGAUCGUAAGCGGUAGCAAGCUCUACCGUGAGGAAGAGGACGAGAACCUCAGAUGUAAGUACCGCACGGAGUGCUGGUUGGAGCAUUGCAUAUAUGAAGAGCGGGUGUGCGCCUCGGAUGAGAACGUUGCUUUCGUGCCGCUUUCGAUACCGGUUCCUAUUGCUGGUGCGGAGAGGGUCGUCAUGUCGAUUUCAGGGUUCGACCAGUCUGAGUCAUGUAGUCUGAAGAGGCUCUUACGUGCUCUUGGAAUCACACAGGCUGCGACCUUCUCUCGUCGGUCAACGCAUCUCCUCUGUCCAUCAGGCAAAGGUCUCAAGUUCGACAAGGCUCGAGAAUGGAACAUACCCGUCAUCAACAACGACUGGCUCGCCGCCUUGGCCUCGUCUGGUGCUAUUCCCCCAGUUGACGAAUUUCUGAUCAAGGGCCCUACGGACGAGAUGGACGUCGAUCAAAAGGACGUGAAAGGCAAGGGUAAAGCCGUGGAUAAGGGCAAGGGCAAGGCAAAGGCUGUCGACGCCAUGGACGUUGAACCCAGGAUGAACGAUAUCACAAACAAUGCUCCUACCGAUAUUCGCCCCGAAAACCCCCCACUGAAACCAGCCAGGAGCCUAGAACGACAGCCUACGACCAUCAUCCGCAACUCGGAGCCUCCAGAGCAGCCCAUGUUCGGGUUACCGACAGGGUUAGGAGGCUCUUCGUUCUACGUACCUCCAUCCUCGCUACUGACGCCACAGCGCUCGCUGGCAAGCCCUCCGCAAUACCGACCUGACCCGAAUGAGCCCGAGACAAACGACUGGCUCAGAGAAGUAGCUGGUUCAGCUACCCAACCGAGCAACCCCGACCCAAAUCCGAACUCCAACGGCCAAAGGCGGACAGCGACGAUACCCAACUUGAACGAAGAGCCCGUUGGGACAGAUCCAGGUCGGAUACCCUCCUCCAAAUCGCCUUCGCCGAUGAAGGCCCCGGCAUCGCUCCGGCACAGUGGGAGCAGCAGGCUGUCGUUGUCGCCUGUGAAGAUCGACCACGAGGCGACGAAGGCUCUGCAGGAGAGCAUUACUUCACUGUUGGGCAAGCGGCCUUCGCCUGAUGGUGAUGAAUUGCCAGGACCUGCUGCUGGGAAGGGCAAGCGGGCAAGGCCGCAACGAGCCAAGGCUCAGUCACGACAAGCCUCUUCCGCGAAGAUCGGAGAGUCACCUGCUCCUCCCGCACCUGUUCCCAGAUUGCGAACAACGCGGUCUAGGACCACUGCAGCUGCCGCCGCUGCCUACCACGUCGUUGCAGAUGCGGCAUUGAACCCGUUCGCUUCGUACCCAGAAGAAAGCGUGGCCAUUCCUGGAGCCGAAACUCAGUCGCAGCAAGAGAGCAUGCGUGUGAUGUACGAGGAUCCAGGGAUGAUGGACGAGAAGAAGCGCUUGAUGAGUUUGCUGAAGAGCCAGACGGGGGAGGAGACGGCAGGGACAACGUUGAGUUCGAAUGGGUCAAGGAGGAGCGCGAGAGUGGCGGGUUGA